AAUAACUUUUUAGCAUAAAUCUCUUAGUAAUUAUUAAUUACCAUUAAAAACAAAAAUCUAUUUACCUCCCUCAAAUUGUCGUCUACCUCAUCUCACUCUACAGAAAAAGGAUCCCUCUCUCCCUUCUUUUAUCUCUUCUUCCUCACACAAAAUUCCUAGAUCUUGCUCCUCAUCUCACUCUACAGAAAAAGGAUCCCUCUCUCCCUUCUUUUCUCUCUUCUUCCUCACACAAAAUUCCUAGAUCUUGCUCCUUAUUCCUUAUACCCUUCAUUAUUCCGGAACAGAAAGGAUCUCAUUUCUUCCCUCCCUCUAUUCUUCUUUCUCGCGAACUCCCUUCACUAACUCCUUCUUUCUCUUUUCUGAAAUCUCUUUCAAUUCGGAAGAAAGAGAGCCAAUCUCGCUUUCUUCUUCCUCUCCCUUCCUAACCGGCCAAGAAACAACUUGGAUCAACCCAAUCAGACAUGGAGAGCUCCGAUCAAAUUUUGGAGUCCAAAACGUGGAGGAAAUGGGAACCUAGAGUUGGCCGGCGAUGUCAUCGCCGACGAUCAACGGUGGCCCAACACUGUUACUUUAACUGGGUGAGGAAUUUUCUGAUUUUGUUGAAAGAAGAACGAAGAAGAAAAAGAAGAGAGAGAGGAGAGAGUUUAUGGGGAAAAAAGUAAAAUAAGUCCCCUCCUUAUAUUUUCUCCGAUUUGUAGGGAUCGGUUGUUGGAAAAGAGAGGGCGAAGAAGAGAGGAUUCAAAAUUGUCAAUAAAGCCCUUCCGCACUGUGCGGCCGUUCCAGCAGAGGCUGAUGUGCAAAUGCUGUUUUUUGACAUUGGCUUAUAGUAUUUUGUAGAUUAAUAAUAAGCUAAAGAAAAAUUAUCUAGUUUCCAGUGUCGUAGACCUGUUAAUCAAUAACGGAGAUAAGAAAAUGGGAGAAUGGAGCAAUGGAAUUGGAAUGGACAGAGAGACGGUUUAGAAAUUAGGCAUCGACGAAAAAGUUAUGAUUUAGAGAGAGAGAGGUUAGAAAUGAAGGAAAAAAAUGGCACCAUUUGUUUAUGAUUGAUUCUUAAUAGGUUUUAAGAAGAUAAGAGAGGGUAGUAGGAGAAUGACUAUGAAUAGUCUACCAAUUGGCAAUUUAACUCAUCAAGGAGUGCCAGGACCCUGUGCAUCCCGUACGCGUUAUUGCAGUCCUCGAUUCGACGAAGACUAGUCUAAGAUUGGUUGGUUAAUAUUGCCUAUACAUACAAAGAAAGGAAUAGAGUCGCAGACUGAUUCUCGAAGCACCAUAUUUCUCAUCUAUCCCUAAGUUACGCUUUAUGAACUUAUUAAACCGCCUCGGGAUCUAGGAAGAUACUUACCAUUGUUAAUUUGGUCACGUAUUAAUUAUACUUAAUAUAGAGGUUCACAGUUC